AGGGCAUACAGGUACUUUGUGCAAUGUUCAGCGAGCAACUCAGAAAUAUUUCGUUUCUAAAUCACUUCUCCUUGGGAAAAGUAAGUUUCCCUGCAGGCCUGAAACCAGAAGACGGAGUUCAGUGUCCCAGCUGGCAGCGGUGACUCAUGGAUCCACCGGCAGGUCCUCGAGCGUCCUCCAGGACCUACGACUACGACCUUGUGGUGAUUGGAGGCAGCUCAGGAGGCCUGGCUGUGGCCCAGGAGGCUUCCGAGCUGCGGAGAAAGGUGCUGAUCCUUGACCUCGAGGCUCCGUCUGCUAAAGGCACCAAGUGGGGUCUUGGAGGCUCCGGCGUCAACUCAGACAGCGUCAGGAGGCUUUUACACCAGGCUUGUAUUCUGGGAAAAUCCAUUAAAGACUCUGAGAAGUACGGCUGGAGCUUCAAAGAGCCGGCGCGGCCCGGCUGGGCGGAGCUGCUGGAGGCCGUGCAGCAGCAGGUGGCGUGUCAGAGCCAGGCGCUGAAGGCCGACAUGAGAAGCUGUGGGCUCUUUUACCUGCAGGCCCGCGGAGCGAUGCUGGCGCCCCACACAGUGGAGGCGACAGAUGUGGACGGGAGGAGGUCGACCCUCUCAGCAGAGACUGUGGUCAUCGCCACAGGAGACAGACCUCAGUAUGUGGACGUGCCGGGGGGCAGAGAGCUCUGCCUGACCAGCGAUGAUCUGUUCGCUCUGCCCCGCUCUCCGGGUCGGACGCUGGUCGUAGGCGGGACAGCGGAGGGGCUGGAGUGCGCCGGUUUCCUGUCCGGCCUCGGCCUGCGGGUCACCGUCCUGCCGCAGCCUGAGCUCCUGCCGGGGUUCGACCGGGGAAUAGCUGAGAUGGUGGAAAACCACAUGCUGGUCCACGGCGUCGACUACAUGCAUCACCACUCGCUCAGCAAGGUGGAGCAGGUUAAAGGUGGCAGCAAGGAUAUCGUCUCAGGUGUGUCUGAGGCGGCAGCGCAGCAGGUUUCCUCUGGCAGCCUCAGAGUGACCUUCGUCUCCAAGGAGGGCGACACCAGACAGGAGGAGUUUGAUACAGUCUUGCUUGCCGUUGGGAGGAAGGCCUGCACCAGCGACAUCGGCCUUGAACGCGUCGGAGUCAAAUGCAGCCCGGACACCGGCAGGAUCCUGGUGAAUGACAGGGAUCAGACCAGUGUGGAUCACGUUUAUGCUGUGGGGUCGGUGCAGCACGGCCGUCCCUCCACCACAGGCCUCUCAGUGCAUGCUGGGAGGCUGCUGGCUCGCCGGCUCUAUAGAGGAGAUGACAUCGUGUGUGAUUACAGCAGUGUCCCCACUGUUGUGUUCACGCCGCUGGAAUAUGCCGCCUGUGGUCUAUCUGAGGAGAGAGCCAAUCUAACAUUUGGACAAGACAAUAUUGAGGUGUAUCACGAUUACUACUGGCCACUGGAAUGGACUAUCCCUGGCAGAGAUAAAAACUCCUGCUAUGUUAAAGUCGUCUGCCACAUCCCCAACAAUGAGCGUGUGCUUGGCCUCCAUGUAAUGGGCCCCAACGCUGGCGAUAUUGUCCAAGGCUUUGUUGCAGCUAUGAAAUGUGGCCUCACCAAACAACAGCUGGAUGCCACUGUGGGCCUCCACCCCGUGUCAGCCAAGGUGCUGACCACGCUGACCUGGACCAGGCGCAUGUCGGAGGCUGCGAUGCAGAGAGGAGGCUGCUGAAGUUAGCUCCCUGCUGUCGAUCACUGUGGCCUUUGGCAGCACUGAAAACAGCAGGGUGACCCUUGUGAUGAAAAGCUUGAGGAGUGACAGGCGGCAGGACGGCCACCGACCGUCCAGUGACGUCUUUGCCUGAAACCUGGUGCUCAGGCAGGCAGGGACCGAUGCUCUGCUGCUGACACACUUCCUGUUUUGUGUGUUUAUUUCUGCACUGCCUUUUAAUUUUAUUUAAUUUUUUUUUUCCGAUUUUGCAUUUUUUCAUUAUUAACAAUUUGCUUUAAGCGUAACUUUGAAACAUAUCAUUAAUGCAAUUUUACUGCUCUCUGCUUUAAAGAAAGAUAAGAAGCUCCCUAAGGUAUUGCCUUUGAAAUGCUCUGUAAGCUUUCAUAUAGCUGACUUUUUAAAAGGCUGCUGCAGAGUGAUAAGACGCAGGGAUUUGAUGCAUUUACAUGAAGUAACAGCUUAGACUUAUAGUCCAUGUUCCUGCUGCUGUGGUGCCGGCCUGUGGGAUUUUAGUGCCUUAAUUUCAUGUAAUGAACUAGACGGGGAUUAUGGAAUUACCCAAAUUAAUACUGUUUAUCGGCGAAUGCUCUUGCCUUAAUUGAUGCAUAUGGAGUCUUUAUUGAGACAUUAGGCCAGAAUUCCUGAUUCCCUGCCUUGCUCUUCUGCUCCUUUUUUGUAUUCUCUCUCAGAUUCAGCGCUGCCAGGCAUAGCGACUGUCUUAAAACCACUGUUGAAUAUUCAUGCAGAUCAUUAAGCGAAGUGUCUCAUACAAAUGAAUGCUGAAACUGGGGUGAAAAUAUUUCUUUCAAGCAUGGCGCUGACCCCCAAGCUUUCCCUGCCACCUCAGCUUUGCGCCCUGCAUUUGAAUAAAAAAGUAAAUCUGUGCGUGUAGGCCUCCGACAUGGGUGUGCCCCGUGCAAGGGCAUAAUUUUAAUUCUCUUCAUGUGUUCAAUCUUGUCACAAGUCCAAAGGUUCCCAUCCGUCCCCUGCUAAUUAUACUAUUGCUGUGCAUUGUGCUGAUGACUGUUGAGCACUGUUGCACAACAAUUAGAUGCAAAUUCAUAGAGGUUAUCCUCCAGAGCACCUUCUGAUUCUCCCCUUGACAGACCAGCUGCUUUGAGUAAGACAGAUAUCCUAAUUAGAAAAAGUGCGCAGGACUUUCUUUUUUUUUUUUGGCAUCUGCCUGCAAGUGCUAUUAGAGCCUAAUUUGAUCAAAGUGAACCUGUGUAUGACUUUGUCCAGGAACCAGAACAAGGCUGAGGUGCUACAUGCAAGUCUAUCUAUCACUGCCUGCCCGCCUUGGACAGUUGUUGAGGCUGCAGGGAUUUCCAGACAAUCAGCUCUUAUUGCACAUGUUUGCUCUUUCACCACUAGGUGAUGCUGUAGCUGUACCACUAAUUGGCUUGUUGAGGACUUCUCUCUGCUGUUUGCCAUUUUUGGAAAGAAAUAAAAAAUAAAAAUGAGACUGAGACACCUGUAUUGAUUCAAGAAAUGAAUUCCAAUAAUACUGCUAGAACCA